AUGUCGUCGGAAAUAAUGGAUGCGUACUGGCAGGCGCCGCCUCUCGCAAGAACAGUUGCUACGGCCGCCUUCAUCACAUCCCUGUCUGUCUUCAUGGGCCUCGUGAACGGCUACUGGUUCUAUUUCGCGCCAGAUCUCCUGUUGAAAAUCCCGCCUCAGAUAUGGCGUCUCGGGACCAACUUCCUGAUCACGGGUCCUAAGCUUAGCUUGCUCUUUGACCCGUACUUACUGUACACGUACCUCUCUGCCCUCGAGGUUGGCAAUUCCAGGUUCUCCAGACGCGAGGAUCUCAUCUGGUAUCUCAUGUUUGUGUGCACUGUUAUCACGGCGCUCUGCACCUACGUCAUGGGCGGAGGAUGCUUCCUGCCAGCCUUGAUUAUCGCCCUGUGUCGCACCGUCACCCAGGACCAGCGAGGUGUCAAGUCCAACUUCUACUUCAUCACCAUCCCCGCCCAGCUCAGCCCGUUCUGCAUUAUGCUCAUGUCGCUGCUAGACCCCAGCGGGGCCGGGUACUAUACCUUCAUAAUCCAGCUCCAGGGCUUCAUCGCCGCCCACCUGUACGACUUCCUGUCGAGGGUGUGGCCCGAGUUCAGCGGCGGCCGCAACUUGAUUCCCACGCCUGCCUUCCUCUCGCGUCUCGUUCAGACCCCCCGCUUCAACCAGCGCGGCUACGGCACUGCUAUACGCGGUGGCGGAGGUGCCUCGGCCCAGACUUCGGGCAGCAGCACGGGUGUGUCUCGAGGCGGCGGCGUCCUUCCCGACUCGUGGAGGACGAGAGGACCUGGGCAGCGUCUGGGUUAA